GGUGGCACGGCAUGAUGUUCCUUCACACAGUUCAAGUUUGCAGAGCCCCUUCCUGCGGAGGGUGGAGGAUGCUUUGGACACUGGAUUUCUCUUCCCAAGAGGAGGAAAGUAUAGGAGUGCAGGAGACAGAACAGAACUUGUGAGCUUCAAAAGACCAAAAGACACAGUAGAGGUCCAAGAACUGCAGUCAACAGCAGAGUUUGAUGGCAGCUGAGCCUAUGAGGAACCAUUACUGGAGAGAGACCUGCUUGAUCUAUUCCAUCAGUGAAUCUACCUGACCAUUAAGAUGCCAUUGCCUGAAAGCAAGUGUGUGGGACAGAGACCACCUACCCAAAUUAAAACCAGAGUCUUGACAAAAGUUUACAAAAAGGAGAAAUCUCUUUAUUGACUUUCUUGAGAAAGGACACUCCCGUGCUGCUUAAGCUGGCAUUAGCCCAAGAGUGCGAGAGCUCUUUGUUUAAAGCAAGGAUAUAUAGACCCUAAUGCAGCAGCCCACCCUAAUUCCCUUCCCGUCGGCUUAAUGGCUGAGCCUCAGGUGUACAAUCUAUUCAUGUAAAAGCUACCCCCAGCAACAGAGAGGACAAAGAGAUGCCCAGAAUGGCUAAAUGACUUUUUCAAGGUGACACAUCUAAUGAGGAACAGAGCCAAGACUAGAACCCAGGUCUACUGAUUCUUUAUACUAAACCAGCGGGGGAUUCCUGAGAGAAAAAAUGUCAGGAAAUAUCGUGGAACUAUCCUGUCUUGAUGUUAAUUUACUAAAUAAUUUCACUUAUCCACUCCCUGAAUUCAACAUUUCUUUUGUGAGCUUCCUGCAUCAAGAGAGAGAACAUGAGGUUAUUGUUCUGGGAAUUUCUGCAAAACACUUCCACUUUCAUAAUAUGUCUAAGGUCUGUCCAUUAACCUCUCGUGAAUUACAGCUGUACUCUUCAUGUUUGGUGUGUGAAUCCAAGGGAACUAAGGAUUUUAUUCAUCAGGAAUUAACAACAAAAGCUUCCAUAAUGAAUGACUCAAUGGAAAUGAAAGCUGAGAAUUUUCUUCCACUUCGUGUAAUUUUCAACUUCACUGUGGUUCCUGUUGUUGAUGACCUGGGAGGAUAUGAUACUACCUGUGUAGUGAAACUCCACCUCACAAAUUUUACUGCCGGGAAAGAGCCAAUGAAGACAACUUUGCUAAAUAGCUCUCACAGAAGUAUGCAAAGCCUGAACAACUGCAAUCAGGUUUCUCUGCAACUUGAAAUGGAGACAGGAAAUUCUACUUGUACCAUGAGGAUCACCUGGUAUGUUUUAGUUUUAUUAGUUUUUAUAUUUCUGAUCAUCUUCAUUGCCCACAAAAUAUUCCAAGAAAACAGAAGAGUUCGGACUUGGCAGAAUCAUAGGUACAAACCUGCCUCCACUCUCUUAAAAGGAAAUGAUUCUGAGAAAUUGAGAAGAGUGCUAAAUAUCCAUGUUAUUUCAGGAGCGACCAAGCAGAGGGGGCCCUCCACUUUCACAGGGGCAAAAGAAGCACUUCCUCCCAUAUCAGAACUAGAACAUUUUUUCCACAGUGAGUCGGAAAGAUCAAUAUACACAGAGAGUUAACCUUUUGAGAAAAUCAAAGGAGUAGACUGAAUUUGGACAAUUUGGACUUUACUUUUUGGAAAAUACCUGUGUUUUUUAUUUGAUGGAGAAUAUGCCCCUUGCAAAUAUGUUGUAUCUUGCUUAGAAUAUACAUGAAAGCAGUUAAAGAACUGGAUGAACUGCUGAAAAAAAUCUAAAGAAUAACUAUUGACCCUUAGGAAGAAGGGAACUGAUAUUUCUUCAGUAAGCUAAGUUGUGGAAAAGUUGAUGAAAUACAGGGAAUGAAAAGAACAUUUUUAUUAUCUUUAUUUAUUAAUCAGUUUAUUAAUUAAUAAUUAAUUGAUGGUGAUCUGAAGAUUUCAACUUUGAAGAACCAGAGAUUUAAUUGAUAACAUUCCAAGAAAGAUCCAUGAUUCUGAGGUUUGCUUCUUCUUGCAGUCCCAUGAUAACUAGCUUGUUAGUUUUCAAGAACAGUGCAAAUGCCCAAUUCUGUGUUUAGGCUUCUGCCGACUGAUGGAAUGGAAUUGUUCCUACUUGGCAAAUUAUUUAUGGACUCAUCUGUUGUUUAUUUGUAAAUCUAUUUGCAUUUCUAAAUCUCAUCAAUUUGCUUAGAUUCCUUUUGGGCUUUGGGGAUAUUUAAAAACCCAAAGAGGCCUACCAAAAAUAAAUUUAAAUGAAAUGCUUUA